CAUGAAGCAACAGAAUUAGUUCAGAAUAUUAGAGUAUAAAGCAGUAGAAAUGGCGGAAGAAUCUUGCAUAUUCGGAGGGAAGGUUCUACACACCUUUAUAGCUGAAGAUGUGCAGCAGAGGCUAUAUUUGAUCAGACAUAAACAAUCCAUGAUCGGAGACUUAAUCGAGUUCCUCAAGUUCGUUUCAGCAGCAAGGUGUUUAAUCGUCUAUUCCAAUUAUUCCUGUUUGACAUGUCUGCUUGAAUUCAACGGUUUUCCAUAUCAGGGAAGCAAAAUCAAUGAAUGGUUUGUUGAAGAAUCUUGUUCUGAAGCUCGGCAGGAACAGAAAGUAGUGAACGUUAUAAACGUAAAUCAAGAAGGAAGAAGGAUGUAUUCUUACCGCACCCAAGGUCAAGCAGAAAAUUUUCCGGACUGUCUUCUAGCUGACGACUAUGAAGUAUUCUUUCAUGGGUCAAAUCAUAGAAGUGUUCAAGACAUAAUAGAACGUGGUAUUGACCUAAGCAAGGGAAAAGAAGCGCAAGACUUCAGUGAUGGCGAUGGAUACUAUGUAGGUAUUAGUUUCGACGAAGCUUUUGAUUGGGCUCGGUCGAAUACUAGUCGUGGCGAGGGACAAGCUGUACUUAUAUAUCGUGUGCAUAAGGAACAACUAAGAGGAGAGAAUAACGAUAAUGGGUUGAAUCUGCGUGAAGAUAAGCAAGAGUGGCUUCAAAUUGUCAGAGAAUAUAGACACUAUCCCCGCGACAGAAAGCCUAACAAAAGACUACGCAAAGAUGUCAAAAAACGGUACGCUUUCAUUGAAGGACCAAGAGCCUCAGUAUCGAGAAGAAAUCCCUCUCCCUCUGAAAACAUAGAUACAUAUCAACUUUGCGUUAGAUCAGAAAACUGUGCCCAACUGUUUAACAACAGCCUCCAUUCUGUAGUAUUUUUUAAAGAUUAAGUGGAGCAACGUUCUCCGGAGUGCACGAUUCAGCGAGCUUUACACUGACGAGAUUUGCAAAACAGCAUCACAACUAUCUCUAGCUAAUGUUUUAAUUUUCAGUUACUUUACUGAGUUCUUACAACAGAAAUCAAAUUGAUUCUAUCAAAUAAAACUGCAGCAAAAAUGCUUGGAAAGUAUUUAUCUGGAAACAGCCGCGGCGAACUGAACUAAACUUCGACUGAAUACUUUCGGCAAAGGAGAUACUCUCAAUUUCCGCUGUCAUUGUUGAAACUUCAGUAGUAUAUUAAUCUUGGAGCUCAUUCAUUAUCAAUCUUGACCUCCUAAGCAAACAGCGAGCCCUCUUGAAAAUAAAACUGCCUUCUGUGGUAUUAAAAUUCAACAGCUUGAAGCCAACUGCCGGAGCUUCCAGAGGUUUAAUUUAGAUUAACAGUAACAAAUACUUUCCUCUCCGCGAAGGGCGAAAAGUAAAAAGGUUAUAUCACAAGCCGAAGUUAAAUAAAUAAAUUACAUAUUCUUAUGACUGUUUUCGUUUUCCUGUGCAUUCUGCACAAGCAUAGCAAACGUUCAAAUACACGUAACCUUACGAUCAUAUAGUUAAGCUUGUCGUUAUUUCGCAACAUAUCAUCCAUUUUAAACCCACUUGCGAGGAAAGCGGCUUGUAUAAUAAUAAUUUUACACUGCCAGAAAAUUUAAUUGCACACCUUAAAGCAAUAAUAAAGAUCAUGAACUUAUUACCUAUAUGUAAAAUGCUUUUAAUUUUUAAGAACGUAAAAUUCAACGGGAUUAGUUAUCCAGUACCAUCGAUUUAUAAUCAUACAGUAAACUACUGAGGAAAGAAACCGAAAUACAUGAUGACGUGAUCAAAUUGAACUUAUCUUUAAACACAUAUCUGACUAACAUUAAAACAAUUGUCAGGCACUUCACUAAAUUCUAUCAAAAUUCAAGUUACUUUGUUGGUAGUUGCACAACGGUAACACCGUAGAACGUCUACCAUGGGUUUGAAAUAUCUA